AUGUCGACAACGGUCGACAAGAUCAAGGAGAUCGAGUCCGAAAUGGCUCGGACUCAGAAAAACAAAGCCACGUCCUACCAUCUGGGCCAGCUCAAGGCCAAAUUGGCAAAAUUGAAGAGGGAACUCCUGACCCCAACAUCCUCCGGCGGUGGCGGCGGCAGUGGUUUUGAUGUCGCCAGGACCGGUGUCGCCUCGGUGGGAUUCAUUGGGUUCCCUUCCGUGGGCAAAUCGACACUGAUGAGUCGCCUGACCGGGCAGCAUUCCGAAGCCGCAGCCUACGAGUUCACCACCCUGACCACUGUACCUGGUCAGGUAAUGUACAAUGGUGCCGCCAUCCAGAUGCUCGACUUGCCCGGUAUUAUUCAGGGGGCCAAGGACGGCAAAGGUCGUGGACGUCAGGUCAUUGCGGUCGCGAAGACUUGCCAUCUAAUCUUCAUCGUCCUCGACGUGAACAAACCCCUGACGGAUAAGCGCGUCAUCGAGGCUGAGCUCGAGGGCUUUGGGAUCCGUAUCAACAAGGAGCCUCCGAAUAUCGUCUUCAAGAAGAAGGACAAGGGAGGUCUCAACAUCACCAGCACCGUUCCACUCACGCAUAUCGACCACGACGAGAUCAAGGCUGUCAUGGGUGAAUAUCGGAUAAACUCGGCCGACAUUGCAAUCCGAUGCGAUGCUACCAUUGACGACCUUAUCGACGUCCUCGAGGCAAAGAGCAGGAGCUAUAUUCCGGUCAUAUACGCGCUGAACAAGAUUGACUCCAUUUCCAUUGAGGAACUGGACCUGCUAUACCGGAUCCCGAAUGCUUGUCCCAUCAGUGCGGAGCAUGGGUGGAACAUUGACGAACUCCUCGAGCAGAUGUGGGAGAAAUUACAGCUGAGGCGUAUUUAUACCAAGCCCAAGGGCAAGCAACCAGACUACAGCACGCCGGUCGUGUUGAGAAAGAACGCUUCGACCGUGGAAGAUUUUUGCAACGCAAUCCACAAGACUAUUGUGGACCAGUUUAAACAGGCUAUCGUUUAUGGCCGCUCGGUCAAGCAUCAGCCUCAGCGUGUAGGCUUGUCGCACGAGCUGGCCGAUGAAGAUAUCGGUGAGACCUUACGCGCUCCUGAGACAGUGUACCAAUGCUAA